UUCAAGUCUUUGCCGACGGCGUUUCAAAGCAGAAUGCUGCCGUACGCGCUGUCCCUGUGUUUCCUGGCCCUGGCUUGGGCGCAGGACUGCCAAGUGUCCAACUUUCCCGUCGUGCAGAAUUUCGACAGAAACAGGUACGCGGGGACUUGGUACGCCGUCGCCAAGAAGGACCCCUACGGUUUGUUCCUGAUCGACAACAUCGUGGCCGAGUUCAUCGUGGCCCAAGACGGCACCAUGACCGCCACGGCUCAGGGCAGAGUCAACAUUUUCAACAACUGGAAUACGUGCGCCUUCAUGCACGCCACCUUCGAGGAAACCGGGGAGCCGGCUAAAUUCAGGAUGAGAUAUUGGGGCGCGGCCGCCUACCUGCAGACCGGAAAUGACAACCACUGGGUCAUCGACACCGACUACGACAACUACGCCGUCCAUUACUCGUGCCGACUGGUCGACGAGGACGGCAGCUGCCUGGACAGCUACUCCUUCAUCUUCUCCAGACACAUUACGGGUCUGAGGGCGGAGGACCAGCCCAAGGUGACCCAGAAGAAGGCAGAACUGUGCCUGCUGGGCAAGUACAGACGCGUCGUGCACAACGGCUUCUGCACGGCCGACGGUCAAACUAUUCCCACCCAGGAACAAGCUAAUUGAAGCCCCCGCCAGAGGCGCCGCGGCUCCCUCGACUUCCUCCGUUUCAAUUCAAGCCAACGAGCGAACCUAUUGCUCGAUCGAUACAAAGCAGAAAAUGUCGCCAUUACCCAUUUCUGAUGUGCCCGGUUGUCCUUCUACGUCAGCGUCCGGUCGCACGAAGCUUCUCCUCAUCACCGACGGAGGCCGCUUGCUUGCUCAACCGCAGUCGGGAAACGAGUCUACUCAAAGAGAAAAGCAAUGUUAGCAAAUGACAGAACCGCGUUUGGUUUUCAAGUCAGGGCGAGCGCCCCGCACGAUGAGUCCGCCCACCAUGUUUACAAGUGAAGGGGGGGG